GGAGCCUAGAGGGGUUGAAACAAUAGAGUACUGGAUUUCUAGAGAGGAGAAGAACAGAGAAAUCUCCUCUUCCGGCUGACCCGUGGGAGGACUGUGGCGUGCAGGACGCCUCUCCUGCUCUUCCCAGGACUUUUAGCAGCUGGAAGACCGAAAAGAUGCUAGGAAGAGAAAUCCGGACAAAUGAGAAUCCCAAGCAGCAUUAAAAGGAAACCAAAUCCAGCCAGCAAUGAAAGUGUUUUUCGUUGCCUCCAGAAAACUACAAAAGACUUCUACUUCUCCAAGCAGAUAAUGGACAAAAGAGAUGAAGAGAGUUUUGAGUUGGAAAAAAAUGAAUAUGUAGAACUCAAGGAAACACUCCAAAAAAAGAUCAAGGGGGAUUAUUUUCCAAUUCAGAAAAAGCAGACAUAAUGUGGAAAUCAGUGCAGGAGGAAGUGGUCAUUUAAUAGUCACGUAGGAUAGGCAUUCAAGCUUCACCCUGUGAAGCAAGUAAGAAUAGCUUGAACGAAAGCACUAUCUAAGAAGGGAUCCAAAAUAUUUUUGAUCUUGAGAAUCCAAAAAUAUCCUUGGUGGAAAAAUCCCACAAUAUGCAUAUUGUAGGUAAAACACAGAUUGCAGAGCACAGCCGAUAAUGCAUGAGAGGACACACAUUGAAGCAAAGCCCACCCACUGCCCUCAAUGUGGCAAAUAGCUUUAGGAAAUGUGAUACACAAGAGGAUUCACAUGGGGGAGAAACCAUAUGGGUGUCUAGAUUGUGGGAAAACUUUCAGUCGGAAUUCUCAUCUGGUGAUACACCAGAGGACUCACACAGGGGAGAAACCUUAUAAGUGUCCAGAUUGUGGAAAAGGUUUUAGUCGGAAUACCAACCUAACGAUACACCAGAGGACUCACACAGGAGAGAAACCAUACAAGUGUCCAGACUGUGGUAAAUGUUUCAGUCAGAAUUCCAAUCUGGUGAUACACCAGAGGAUGCACACAGGACAGAAACCGUAUGAGUGUCCGGAUUGUGGGAAAAGUUUCAGUCAGAAUUCUGACCUGGUAAUACAUCAGAGAACACACACGGGAGAAAGACCAUAUGAAUGUCCAGAUUGUGGAAAAAGUUUCAUUCAGAAUUCUGACCUAGUGAUACAUAAGAGGACUCACACAGGGGAGAAGCCGUAUGAGUGUCCUGAUUGUGGGAAAGGUUUCAGUCGGAAUUAUGCGCUGGUAUUACACCAGAGGACUCAUACUGGGGAGAAACCAUAUGAGUGUCCAGGUUGUGGGAAAUGUUUCAGUCGGAAUUCUGACCUCAUGACACACCAAAGGACUCAUACUGGGGAGAAACCUUAUGAUUGUCUGGAUUGUGGGAAAAGUUUCAGUCGGAAUUCCCACCUUGUCCUACACCAGAGGAGUCACACAGGAGAGAAACCAUAUGAGUGUCCUGAUUGUGGAAAAAGUUUCAGUCGGAAUUCUGGGCUGGUGAUACACCAGAGAACUCACACUGGGGAAAAACCUUAUGAGUGUCCAGAUUGUGGAAAAAAUUUCAAUCGUAGUUCCCACCUGGUGAUCCACCAGAGGACUCACACAGGAGAAAAACCGUUUGAGUGUCCCGAAUGUGGGAAAACUUUCAGUCGAAAUUGUGAGCUGGUGAUACAUCAGAGGACUCACACAGGGGAGAAACCGUAUGAGUGUCCUGAUUGUGGGAAAUGUUUCAGUCAGAAUUCCCACCUGGUAGUACACCAUAGGACUCACACAGGAGAAAAACCAUAUGAGUGCCCAGAAUGUGGGAAAGGUUUCAGUACUAGAUCUAAACUUAUAAAUCAUUUAGGUUUACAUACAGGGGAGAAACCUUUCAGAUGCCCAGAGUGUGGACGGUGUUUCACACAUUAUUCCUCCCUUAAGGCACACAAGAAAAUCCACAUGAGGCAGACAGUGCUGAGUGUAGAAAAGCCCUGAUUUUCAUUUCUGAUUUCCCAUUGGUAAUGCAAAUUAACAAUUUAAUUUUUAUUCUCUUUAGUGAAUCAUGUCUCAGUAUUGGACAUAAGGGAGGAGAGAAAAAUGAGCAGCAGUGGCACAGUGGUUAGAGUGCAGUACUGCAGGCUACUUCGGCUGACUGCCAGCUGACUGCAAUUUGGCAGUUUGAAUCUCACCAGGCUCAAGGUUGACUCAGCCUUCCAUCCUUCCAAGGUCGGUAAAAUGAGGACCCAGAUUUUUGGGGCCAAGAGGCUGACUCUGUAAAACCGCUUAGAGAAGGCUGUAAAGCACUAUAUAAGACUAAGCGCUAUUGCUAUUUAAACUUCUGUUUUUAUAUAUACUUCCUUUUUUAUAUCUUUUAGCUGUUUAUAAUAAUCAUUAUUCUUAUUCCUCAAUUGUUUUCUUCUUUAAAAAAACAAAAUGUAUCCCAUGAACUUUGUGCUGGUCUUUCACCAUAAUAAAGAUUUGAUAAUGUUA